GCAGCAUGGAGUGGUUUCCACUGUGAAGCAUGUAAUGGUGUGACCACUUGGACUGGAGACAACAAAAGCACCUUUGGUAUUAUUGAGGAAGAAGGUGUUCUGCUAUGCCUGCAGUGCCACAGGCUUGGAAGACCUCAUCAGCAUUUCAUUGAGAGCUGUAGACUAGUCAUCGCUCUCCAGGAACAGGCUGAAGAGGAUUUACAAAAGGGAGAUAUACCGUCAGCCAUCACUGGUCUUAGGAAAGCUAUUGCUCUUGGAACCAAAGUUUAUUUGGCAGAAAAUCAGUAUUUUGUGUCACUGCAAGACACAUUGGCACGGUGUUUGGGUGAAGCGGGAGACUAUGAAGGCUGUUGCCAUGAACUAAGAAAGUGUCUGCAAGUCACAGAAUCUCGCUAUGGAGCAGAAAGCGUUGAGCUCGGACAUGAGUUGCUGAAAUAUUCAGAUGCUUUGGCUUUGGCCUUGGCUGGUAGUAAAAGACAUGAAGAUUCACUUUCAAAAGUGAGAAGGAGAGUAGACGAGAUCUUCACACUGAACUAUGGGCCUCAUUGGAAGAAGUAUAUGGGUACUGAACAUAAGGAAUAAGAUUAAUAUUAUGUAACAAAUAAUCAAAGUGUAAAUGACUCAGUUCAUUGCAAUAAAGUCUACAUAUUCUUCACACAAUCACUGAUUUAAAUACUAAGGCAUAAUCUUUACUACCCAUACCAUUAAAUGUACAUAUGAAAAAUUCACACAAAACAGAAAAAAAGAUGAAUAAAGAUAAAUGGCAAAAACAUAAAAAAUUUAAUUUAGUUUCCUUUGCUACACAACAUUUUUCAUAAACUGGUUUUUAUAUUUGUACUUCAGAAAUAUAGGUUACAUGCUCCACUUGCCAAAUAUUCCUUACAAUUGCAGUCCAUCUUUACAAAAUAUUUUUUUUUAUUUUGUAGAAUGCCACUUUUCAACCAGUGUACAAUGACUGAGGAGAAAAAAAUAUAUAUAUGAACUUAUUUUGGGUCCUAAUAAAGUCUCUAUACUUGUUGUGUUUUGUGUUCAGCCAUGUAUUAUGUAACAUUAAAUGUUUUAAUCAUA